GGGCCAGCCACCCGUCAGGUGCCAGGACCCUCGAGCCCUCCCCUUUGCCCAAGCCUGGACCCCUUGUUCGAGGCCAGCUUCGUCCCCAGCAACAAGAGAAAGAAUAAAAAGAGACCGAGGGCAUUGGACUUGGCGACCCCAGAAUGCAAAACUCGGGGGCGGAGGCGGGUGGUUCCCUUCAGCGGCGCCGGCGGCUGGGGAGCAGCUGGGACCCGAGGAGGGCCGCGCAGGGGCCGCGCACCUGGAUGGGGCAGGUUUGCCGUCUGGGGACCCCAUGGCUGUCCUCACUGCGCUCUGGGGCCCCUUUGCCCACGCCAGCAGAGCAUUCGGCCAGCGCUGCUUCAGCACCUCUGGGAGCCUCGGUGCCAUCCAGAAGAUGACUCGGGUGCGUGUAGUGGACAACAGUGCCCUGGGAAACACCCCAUACCAUCGGCCGCCUCGAUGCAUCCACGUCUAUAACAAGAGUGGGGUGGGCAAGGUAGGCGAUCAGAUUCUGCUGGCCAUCAGGGGGCAGAAGAAGAGAGCACUCAUUGUGGGGCAUCGCAUGCCUGGAUCCCGGAUGACUCCAAGGUUUGACUCCAACAACGUGGUCCUCAUCGAGGACAAUGGGAACCCUGUGGGGACUCGAAUUAAAACACCUAUCCCAUCCAGCCUUCGCAAGAGGGAAGGCGAGUAUUCCAAGGUGUUGGCCAUAGCUCAGAACUUUGUGUGAGCAGAGCGGCUCUGAGCCAUGCAGGCGUCCCUUCACACUGGUGACAUGUCCUGGAACAGAAUAAAUGUUUUAAUGUGUGUUUUC